UUUUUUCAUUCAUUACCUGUCUAAUUAGGCUUAUUUAUUAAUUAAUUUAUUAAUUACAACACACAGACAAGGCCAGAAGAUGAAAAUUUACAGAAACCCCAAUAUCAAUCAGUCAAGAUGAGUACGUACAGUUGAUAUUGCACCCUAUUUAAAAGAACACAUGGAGAAUUACGUAAACCUUGUUGUGAUGGGCCCUGUUUUAAGUCUUGUACGUGAAGUUUGGCAGGACGGUUUAUUUUUCACUAAAAGAAAAUUUGAUGUGACUUCUUAGGAAGACAAACUCAUUGACAUUAGUGCUUUAUACGAAACACUAUUAAUCAUAGCUAAUAAAAGCAAUGGAUAAUAUAGGGUAAUGUAAGUAGAAAUGUACACAGACAAUAUUUUAUAAAUUCAUAAUCAGAUUGAUAAUCUUGUUUCCUACUUCCAUUGUUGUGAGUACUCCAGUUUACUAUUUAGGAAUUACUAUGCAGUGAUUCAAAACAGGUUAAAUGCCAUGUUCUUCAUCAAUUGUGCAACAAACAUUGACAUGAGACACAUUCUUGUUUAUUUGCACUAGGGCAGUCUUGUAUCUUCCAGAAACGGUACAGAAGUUUUAAAUCUAGGAUUAAAAAAUGAGUUCAAAGUAAUUAAAAAGACAGAGAGCAACAUCACACAGCCCCCAUCUUAAUGGAUUUAAUGAAUAUUCAUUCAACUGUGAUCAAAUGAUUCCUGAGUCAUUAAAACCCAUGGAAAGAUGGGAGCUUUGACUGAUUGUAAAGCUCCUUGUUCUAAAACACCAAGAAGGAAGAGUGCGGCCAUCCAGGCUUUUAAAUAAUAUUCCAAAAUUCUUUCCAAGUAAAGCAAAGUUCUAACAUUAAAUAAUCAGAUGAAAUGCUAGUUUAUACAUGUUUGAAUGUUCAAAAUGGCUUCACAAAGGAGCCAAGACUGCAUAUUGUUGAAACUCUGCAGUAUGCAUUAGUUUCAUAGCAAGGUCUGAACUCACAUGCGUGUACACUGCCGUGGAACAAAAAGAGGAGAUUACCCCACUGGUAUUGUCUACCCACACAGCAGGACACCUCAGACAAAUCCUUCUUAGUUGCAGGUGGUCAAGCGUGAGCAAAGAGUUAAGUCCUGGGGUCUCUCUGCUCCACCUCUUUGAUGUCCUGACAUCAUUAGCCCAGCCCCUAAAAAAAGCUCUCCCCUUCCCCCAAAACACUGUUUCUCAGUUCAGCUCAAGGGAGCGAAAGGGGCUGCAGAGCCAUUCAGGACCAAGGGUUUGCAAGUCGCCCUGGAACGGGAAGAGAAAAAUGCUUUGCUGAGGCUCAUUUUUGGCGACUGUAGCGAAUGCUGUUGGAGAGAGUGCUGGGUGAGACAGAGAGAUGGCCGUACAGGCCCCCAUCGUGACCUCCCAGUUCAUGAAUUUCUGUUUCCUCGGGUCUGGCAUGGAGUAUGACGCGGAGAAGCCAUUUGACGGGAGCCUCCUCGGGGAGGUGGCCUGUGAAGGGGACUUUCGGGAAACUACCCGGGACCUCCUGAGCUUCAUCGACUCUGCCUCCAGUAAUAUCAAGCUGGCCCUGGACAAGCCAGUGAAGUCCAAGCGGAAAGUCAACCACCGCAAGUACCUGCAGAAGCAGAUCAAGAGGUGCACAGGAAUCAUCGGGUCGGGGGGGAACCUGGCUCAAGAUCAAGGCAAGAGGCAGGGAUCUCCUACCUCGCACGCCGGCAACAUCCCAGGCAAGCCUGUGGCCCGGCGUGACGGCAUUCAAGCCAACCUGCAGAGCAAGAGCCUGGCUGCCCUAUUUGAGCCCACGAAGGACAUCCGUGGGGAAAAAACCCGGAAGCCACCCCUCCGCCAGCGCAACCUGCCCCCGUCCUUUUUCACAGAGCCUGCCAUCUGCCCCAGGGUUACUUCCACCUCUGGCAUGACCCUGAAGGAUCUAGAGCGGGCUGGGCCAGAGGCAUCUGAGUUCUUCGAGCUUCUAGGCCCUGACUACAGCGAUAUGCUAGUUGAACAGGACAUACCCCAGGGCAUGCCCAUGAGGGUCCAGCAGGAGGCACUGUCUGGACAGGACUCCUAUGAACCCCAUCACCUAUCUGAGGGCCUUCUGUACACAGAACCAUGGGGUGGUUGCACUGGCCCAUCCAAGAAAGUGGUGCCGUGUAGUCUGGGUGAAAACAUGCGGACAAUUCAAGCCCAGCCUCCACUCUACUGCCAGUCGGAUUCCACCAUUUCUUUACCGGUGGAAGAGAACACCCUGUGUGCGUUGGCCUUCCCAAACUUAUUCACGGAUUGUUCCCUUCCUCAUGCCACCUAUGACUUUGCCAGUGGAUACAACAGGGCUGUAUUUCCCUCACUUUGAGGCUUCUCAAAGACACACGUAACGUAAAACAUGAGCCGGAAAUUUAGCACUCGAGAUGAGCUCUCUUUCUGAGAUGUUCUUCAUUGGGAAUGAUCCUACGAUACAUUUGUCCCUUUUGUAUCCUUGUGUAGAAAUUACUGAUCUUUAUAAAUACUUUCUUCUUUCUUAACCAGUUUUUUACAGUCUGUCACAAAAUCGCUAAAUGGUUAGAUUUUUCCCACUUUAUAGUUGCUGCAGUAAAAAAGAAGAUAUUUAAGCGGAUCAUUUUCACUAUUAAUGACACUCAUUUUUAAAGUAAGUAUAAUAUUACAAUUUUGGGGUUUCACCACAUUUCUGUGAAAAUAAGGUAGAUUUUUAGCAGUACAGUGUCUACCUGGUACUGGUACAUUAUUAAAAAGCUGUAAGAUGAUUAUAUUUUGCAAAAAUAGAUAUUUACAUAUGGAUUGAAAAUUUGACUGCUUCCUUACUGGAACUACAUUGUCCAUUUUAUAUUGCCAACAAUGAACUGAACUGAUAAAAAAAUGUUACAUUAAAAAUACAUAAUCAUAUGUGGAAUACAACAAAUAUGUAUGCUUGAGAGUGCAGCAACAAUGAGAAAUAGUGCCCUAUGAAAUAUGAUUUAUUAAAUUAAUACUGACAGUCAAAUGAAACUCAUGGAAGCUCCAAGGCAGUUGAUUAUCAGAAUUAAAAUGCAGCCAUCGAUCUUAAUGGUUACCUUGGAAAAGUGUACUUAUCCCGAAUAGUUUCGGUAAAAAUUCAGCCGAAUAAAUGGAUAACAUAAAUGAAUAUGUGUAAACUUCUAGUUAAACGAGAACAAGCAUCAUACGAAUAGUGAGCCCAACUGUGCUAAAAGCAAUAUAGCUAGUACAAGGCACAUCCGGUUCACAGGAAUUUUGCCAUCCAGUGAAAGAAAUUAUACUACAAAAUUCUUGAUGCUACAGUCUUUUUUUUGACAAAUAUAGGUAAAUUCAUUUGUCUAGUACAAUUACAAAUACCAAGUGAUGUAUGAGUUUGAUAUAUUGCAAAUAACGUCAUAAUCUUCUCAAGAACACUUGCAAAGAUCUUUCAACUGUCAUGUUCUCAUCUCUUCAAUAUUUCCAUCAUAAACUCCCAGUUCACUUGACACCAGUCCUGUUGUUUCAGUAAUGGAUACCCAUUCCCUCUGCUGGGUUCUGUCGAAGCUACUUACAUGUUUUCUGCACAUUGGCACGAAUCUCUUUUUAGGAACAAUAAUUUCUCUAAAACACAGCCUUUCUGACUUCAAGUGGUAUUAGCAUAUCAAUCAGAAUUUUUACAACCACCACAUCCUUCUUUUCAAAAUGUUUGAGUUUCUCAGACUUUUUUGAGAAUCGUACUGUACCCGCAAAUGGAAUUAAAUCACAAAUCAGAGACGGUAGCUCAAAUACUUUUAAUCAUUUUCAUCUUUGAAGCAACUUUUUUUGUAGCUGGUGAAGCAAAUUUCAGUUGCAGCUGCACUGUUCUAAUAUACAUUGGUAAUCCCUGUAUUUUUUAAUCAUUGAGUGAAAUUGCAUGAAAUGUAGUAAUUAUAGUUCUUAUUUCCAGACACUGUACACACAUUAUGGAGAAACAAUCAAGAGAAUGGUAUAUAUUUAACAGCUGAGUUAUUUCCCUUAGAGCUGAUGAGGAAGGAUGUGUACAGGUGAAUGUGUGUAUAUAAAGAAAUGAUGUGUUUAUCUGUGUGCUGUAUCCUUACAGCCACCAUUGCUGGAUGGAGAUGCAGGCCUGAUAUCCUGGUAGUGACAGAUGUUUAAAUUCUGUAUAUUAUGUGAGAAGACAAAAUAAAGCUGGCCUUUAUUUCUGUGAAAAUA